UGGUCUUUUAAUUGAUGAGGCAGUGUAUAGGACUACAUCUGAUCAGAGCUCCACAAAGAAGCUGGAUGUUCCCAGUGCAGCUUCCCAACAACUUGAAGAAGAAGAGGAAGACAUAAAAACUCAAAAAAUAACAAAAUACACAGUUGAUCAAAAUAUCCCACCUCCCAAGUCAGGGAUCUCAGUGCUUGGAGAUCCAUAUAAUGAAAGCUCUAGAAGGAAAGUGGGUGGUCGUAUUGCCAAGAAACAUAAAGAGUUGCCAAGAGAUUUACUAACAAUAUCCAUGAUGUCUGUUUUACCUGACUCUAAAAGGCAGAAAAAGGCAUUACAAUUUCCAGGAAGGAAAGAUCUUAUGGGUCCCAAAUGUAUAACAAUGAAGGCAAAGAAGCCUCUUUUUUCACAGGUGCUUAAUAUCACUGAGGAUGGUCAUCUGUACUGUAGAAAGGAACAGGAAGGCCAUUUAAAAUCUAUGAUAAAGGACAUGCAACCAAAUAGAAGUAUAGGUGAUGCGUUUUUAUCUCCCACACCUGUUUCAACUGAUUACAAAAUAGAUUUUGAAAUUGAUAGCACACCAAAAACAGGGACGGAUCGACCAAGAGUGAAAAUACACAACCAUACCUAUCCAGAGCUAGAGAAAUCACCAAGUGAUGGGGAAGCAUGGGAGGCCAAUUUGACUGAUACACAAAGCAGAUCCAGCAACACAGGUAAAAUGAAUGUGCCACAUAAAAAGGAAGAGGAAAAUAUCCCAGAAAUGUUAGCAGAAUCAGUUCUGCACUAUAGUCAACACUUCCAUUUCAGUUCCCAUCAUAUGAAAAAUCUUGGCCCUUGCAAACCAAAAUCUAAACUGAAUCGUUCAGAAGGCAGGAGGACUUGGAAUUUGUCUUGUGCCAUGCAAAAUAUGAGGCAAGAAGAACACGUUAGAGAAACUAUUUUAGAGGCUGUUUCUAGAAACGUGAUGAAUUUUAUUCGAGUACAAACAUUGAAGAAAAGUCUUCAUACUCAAGAGGGAAUACAAUAUAUGGUAGGUCUAAAGACCCCAUUUCCAAAAGCUAGGAAGUCAGAGACUGGUUCCAUACAGUGUGAUGGUCUCUGGGAUGGAAAUCCGAGGAGGAUAUGGGAUCGUCCUAUUUCUAAGAAAAAGACAUGGAAUCAAAGUGACUUAGUAAGAACUGUCUUAAAGCCUUUAGAUUUCUCCAGCCUUGAUCCGUCUGAACCCAGAAGCCAGAGUUACACAUUAGAGGUUGCAGACAAGAAAAAUACAGUGAGUCCCAAGCAGGUAAUUCUGGAGGCAGAGAAACCAUCAAUUUUACAGGUGCUUAAUAGCACAAGGUGUCUUACAGGAAUCCAUAGAAAAAAACUCCACAAAGUUAAGUACAAGGUAAGAGAGAGGCAAUGGAAUGGAAGUGUGAGAGAGACAUUACUCCUCACCACUGAGGGAGCUAAGAUUCCAAUGCCCAAGUUAGUGAUUGAUCAACUCUCAUUCGAUACAGCAGCGAGGGACACUCUGUAUAAUGACAGAACAUGUCACAAAAAUCUGGGUGGUCUUAUCACAGAGAAAAAGGCAGAGUCGGAGGAAAACUUAGCCACAGCUCUCUUGGGCCCUUUAGAUUUGUUCACGCCUGUUUUAUCUGACUCUGAAAGCCAGAUAAACACAGUACAAGAGAAAAUCAUACUGAAUCCCAGAUGUUUAGCUCUGAAGAAAAAGGAGCCACUCAUUUCACAGAUACUUAAAGUCAAUAGGCAGUUUGCCACAAAGCAGAGAAAAAAACUUAGAUCCAAUUUAAAAACCAAAAUGAAAGAGAUUUGGCAAGGUAAAAAUGUGUCUGUUAUAUUUACAAAUGCCAUUUACUUCACAUUGGAUACCUCUGACAUUAAAAGGCAAAGCAGAUUCAAGACAGAGAUAGACAGAGUAUCAAGGUUUAGUCCUGUACAACCAACACACAUGGAGUUGCCAGUUGAAAGCCGAGUGAUUUUACAAUCAGUUAAUGCCACAGGUCAUGCUGCUUUAAGCAUUAAUAAGGAACAGGACCAGGAACAGGAGGUGGGCAUAGAGAGAGAGAAAACUGUGUUAAGUGCAGACCUAAAAUCUACAGAUGCUUCUACGUCUAUUCCACCGCACAUAAAAAUGGAGCAGUCACCUAGUACCUGGGGUAACUAUGAAGAAUCUUCUGAAAAGAGAAAUGCCCUGAACAAAGCAAAAGUUACAGAGGAAGAAGAGUAUGAACAACAGGUUUUGUUUGGAGCACCUCCACAAAAUACCCAGCCAUUUGAGUUUCUACAAACGAGACAGCAAGAACCAUGUGUCUCAGGAACCAUCCAGAAUUCUGCUUAUGCUUACAAUCCUAAAUAUCCUAAAAUCAUAAAACAUAAAGGUAAUGCAAAAGCAGCAGAUGUGACAAACACUACGCAUACUGAACAGGUAAAAUCGAAGGCAAAGAAACCACUUGUUUCCCUGAUGUAUAACACAACAGGGUAUGGAACCCAGAGCAACGAAAAGGAAACAAGGUGUAACAUCAAGAAACAGAAGCCGGGGUUCCAGCAAGGUAACGCUGAGGUAGAGUUCGUUCUGAAAACUAUCUGUGACUCUGGGUCUAUUCCACCUCAACUUCAAGCGCUGAUGGAAGCAGAAAGGGAAAAAGGCAAGGCACAAAGGCUGAUACACAUUCCUCCAGAGCCAAAGCUGGAGAAAGCACUAAACAGAAGACAAAUAGCAUUUUCACAGUCCAUUGCUAAGAGUGCUAAAUCAAGAAAUAUUAAAACACUGAAACAGUAUAUUAGAGAGCAAGAAGAAAAGUACCAAAUUGCUUCACCAGACGUUCUCCCACAAUGUAAAUACCGAUUCAUGAUGAGCCAGCCACUGAAGAAAGAGCCUGACGAUGUCAAAUUCACAGUAGAUUUGAAAAGAGAAGUAUAUCCUGAUCGACAUUCACAAAAGAGGGAAACCAACUGCACUACGUUGGACAUCUCAAGAAUUAGAUUACACACAAAACACAAAUUCCUUAUCACACCAGGAGUAAAGGAGGGAUAUGGAGACAUGACCCAACGUCCAUUUCCAACUCCACAGUGGAGAGAAGUAUCCAAGAAAAUGGACAUUUCCUUAAGUUCAAAAGGAAAGAAUAUGUUUCUUCCAGAGUUGGAUGCUUCUCAACAGAACACUUGCAAGGAGCAGAAACUGCUGAAACAAGGAAGUAUUUCAAGGACACACCUGGAGCAUACUUUGUAUCCCAUUAUGGAAACUCGUCAUUUGGAAAAUACAGUAAAGGUCUCUGAGGAAGGUACGUACAUUGACAGAAAAAAUAUUUCACAUCUAUUGGGCAGAGAAGGAUUAAGAGAAACUGAUACCUUACAAGGUUCAAAAGGACAGACGUUUCUUUGUACAAAUGUAGAGGCCCAGCGAUAUAUGUCUGCGGUGCAGAAAGGAGAAGUGAAACCAGAUCACGCUCCUGAACAGAUUCUGGAUUCGUUAUCUUGCCCCAGUGAGGAGCCUCUUCAUGUAAAAGGGGCAAGAAAUGCAACAGGGAAAGAAAAUGUUAACAUCCCUAUCGUUUCAAAUGUAAAUUCAUGGAGAAAAGAGAAACCAAAGUUAAUGGAUAUUCUGUCAAAAUCAAAUGGACAGAAAAUAAAGUUUUCCAAAAAACGGAGGGCAAAGCAACAAAAUAGUUCUAACCAGAAAGAAGAAAAUCUUCUGGGAUCAGUUGCCUCUUGCAUAGUGCAUCAACUCCAUAUUGGAAAGCGAAAGAAAGAAGUCUCAGCCAAAGGAAUCAGUCCAACAGUUUUGAGCCCAGUGGUAGAGAAAGCAUCAAACAAAGCAGAUAUUCCAGUGGAUCAACCUCCAUGCUCAGAAGGAAUUAAUUUGCAUAUUGGAGAAAGAAAAGAACAUCAACAAGAAAAUAUAUGCAAGGCUCUUGCAACAUCUGUUUCUCAUUCUUUGAUGAAUAUACUUCAGAUUAAAUUGCUAAGGGUAACGAAAGCAUUAAAGGAAGUCAAUAGUCCAAUGUACCACACUUCAAAUACAGAAGGAAUUGGCUUGCCUAUUGCAGGAAGAGAAGAGCAACCAGAACGUAUACAACAUAUUUGUCCAUAUCUUGCUUCUGACUCUUCGAGAGAUAUAUUUCAAAGUAAGAUGCUGUGUGAAAAGAAGGCAUCAGAAGAAGUAGUUAGCACAGUGGGUUACACUCCAAGUACAGAAGGAAUUGGUUCGCUUAUUACAGGAAAGGGAGACCAGCAAGAGAAAUGUACUUAUGAGGCUCUUCAAAAGUCUGCAUCUCACCCCCAAGCAGGUCUACGUCAAACUGAUACCCCAGUGCAAGAAGUAAAACUAGGUGGCACAAAUAGGAUGAACUGUGAACAUUCACCUCCACAGGCUAAGGAAGCAUUAAAAGGAAUGGGUGUUAUUGUUGGAUAUAUUCAAAAAAGUGAAGAAAGACAAAACUUACUCAGUAUAGAACAAAGCCAGCAGCACUCGCUGACUCCCUCUGAGAAUCUUGUGGAGCAUACGUCUUACCUUCAAAAUGAUCCCUGGCUGCUGCCACAUUUAACACCUCUGACAAAGGAAGCAUUAUCGGAAGUAGGUAGUGUGUCAAGCAGGAUAAAAGGAUUAGAUUUGAUUUCUAAAGAUCAACUAAAUACCGGAUGUGAGUAUGGCCUGGAAUGGACUGUACCCUCGAUUCCUCCAAGGCAAACAACAAAACAAAAUACAAGGCCGCCUUUAGAAUCAUUCACUAAAACUGUAAAAUAUCAGAAUGUCUCAUUGCCGAAAGGAGAGAAAUCACUGGAUGGGGCGCAGGUAAUUGAUUCAAUAUCAAAUGUUAGCUCCCCCAAGCUAAGAGUUAGAAAGAAUGUGCAAUUACAUAAAGCGUAUCAAAAAAAGGUGCAAAAAGAGGUAUGUUUACCUGGAUUAUUUUCACAUUCUCUUUCUAUCCAUAUGCCUCUUUUGCCUGAAAAUAAAAGACAGAAGAAUGACUUAAAGCAAGGAGUUAAGAAAGGCAGAGUACACCCCCAAAGAACUUUGGAGAAAUUGGUAUUUUCAAAUAUAUUUAAUACCACUGAUGGUGGUAGCCCAGGCAAUAGAACAGAACUGCAGUGGAGGAUAAAAGAGAAAAUGGUAAAUAUAAAACAUAGAAAGGUCAAACCCGAUUUGAUUUUGACAAGUAUAUAUGACUUCAUCCCUUCUUUACCUUACCUCAAAUUGAAUAAAAAGACAAUUGAUGAGAUUAUCUCAAAUAAUGUAAAAAGAAUAAAACAACCUGUAUCACAGAAGAAGGAGAAGGAAAGAAGAAAAGUCAAUAUGAAAGGAAUAAUGGAUCCCAACGUUAUCUUGAAAGCAAAGAAAUCAUCACUGUCACGUAUACUCAAUGAAAAGGAAUUGCCAGGGCUGUUGAACAUUAUAAAACAAGAGAGCAAUGUGCAGAUAGGUAAAGGUAAAUCAGGUGUGAAACUGACAAACCUGUCUACUUCCUUACCAUCUCUAUCACAUCCUAAUUUGAAUUCAAGAACAAAAGAAGGAAGAGAUAAAUCAGGAACACCAUGGAACUGCCUUCCACCACUAAACCUCCAGGCAUCAUCAAAUAUCAGGAAAACAUCAUUUGCAGAGUCAAUUAAUAGAGACAGUUUAAGCAACAUGAUAGAAUCAAAACAACGUUUGCCCCAGAAAAUGAAGGAAGAUGAAGACAAUAUAGUAUACAUGAAAGAUAUAAGGGGCUGCAAACGUGCCCCUUUUAAAAGAAAGAAAAAACUUUUUACACAUACACUGCAUGGAAACGAACCACAGUGGAACAAUAAAGAACAAGAGAAAAUGAUGCAGGAAGAUAAGAGUGAUCUAGUUGUAGUUCAGAAUAAUCCCUGUGUUUCCAUUCUGUCUUCACCUCACCUGGAAUGGGGUCCUGCAGUGAAAGAAGAGGCAUACAUGCGAGGAGUGUCAGGGUUCUGCCUUCCACCAUUUACCCUCCAGGGGUUGUCAGAUGCAGUGAUAAUAUGUGGGGAGCCAACUGAUGAUAUCUUAAGCAGCAUAGAAAGAUCAAAAUGUAUGUCACAGGAGAAUGAAGAUAAAGUGGAAAUGGCUUUGGAAGAGAUAAGGAAUCCCAAAAGAAUAGCUUUGGAGGCGAACCAGUCUCCAAUUGCACGGGAAUUACAGUUGAACAUCAAAAAAAAAGAGGAAAAGAUGCAGGAACAUAAAGAUGAACGAGCUGGGAUUCAGAGAAAAUCUUGUGUUUCCAUCUCUUCUCUGCCUUACUGUGAAGUGGACACAAGAAGGAAAGGAGAAGCAAUCAUGCUAAGAAAAACAAGAUCCUCUUUUCUACAACCCAAACUCCAGGAUUCAUCAGAUACAGGAAACAUAGCACAUAAAAAGUCUGUUUAUGGUGAUAACUCAAACAAUGUAAAAAAAGCCAAAGAACAUAUAAUGCAGGAAGAAGAGGGAAGAGUAAAAAUGGCAAAAUUCCUAUCUUUGGAGCAAAAGAAAUCACCAAGUUCACAGGAAAUCCAGUUGGACAUCAAAGAACAAAAGAAAAAGAUACAAAGAAUUCAGGGUGAACCAAGUGUGAUUUUGACAUGUACUUCCAUACCUGCUACUUCUUUUAAAUUGGAUACAAGAAUAAAAGAGGAAGACUACAGAGCUGAAGUAACAAGGUACUCUCUUCCAGAACCAUCACAGCAGAAAUCAUCAGAUGUAGUGAAAAAAGAAAAUAAAGAGUUCAUCAAGGGUAAUAUCACAAGUGAUGUACAAGCAGCAAACGAAUAUAUGCCCCAGAAAGGAGAGGAUAGAGGAAAAGUGGUAAAUAUGAAAUAUAUAAUGUACUCCAAAGAGACAACUUCCAAGGCAAAGGUAUUACCACUUCCACAUGUACCCAAUACCCCUGGCAGGUGUAGCCCCCAAAUUAGAGAAGUACAGACAAACAGAAGAGAAGACUUGGGACAUGUACAGGAAAGAAGAAGUGAACUACAUGAGGUUCUGACAGAACCUUGUCUACUUCAAUUUACAUUAAGCAAAGUUACAGAAGGCAAGAAAGAGAAGCAAAGAGUAAUAAAACCCGGUAUUCCAUUCUCAUGGCACAGGGAAUCAUCAAAUGCAGAGAAAUUAAAAUACACACUGUCACCUGUGAAUGAUAUCUCAAGUGAUUUGAAAAGAACAAAAUACAUGACACAGAAAGAGGAGGGUAAAGCAAAUAUUUUUGCGAGAAACCUGAUGCAUCCCAAGUGCUUAGCUUUGAAGGCAAAGAAAUCACCCCUUUUCCAUAUACUCAAAGCAAAGAAACUGCAAGUGAACAUCAAAGAGCAAGUGAAAAGGGGGCAGGAAGGUAGAAGGGACACAGUCGUGCUUCUGAGCAAAAUUUGUCCUUUUGUCACUUCUUCAGUUCAUCUUAAAUUUGACACAACAACAGAAGAAGAAGGUGGUCCAGGAAUCAUAAGGAAUUAUGUGCCACCCCCUGAGCUCCAAGAUUCAUUGCCUUCAGUGCAGAUAGCACCUCCAAGGUCAACUGAUAGCCACAGAAAGAAAGGAAAACAACAUCCACCACCGAAAGAAAAGGACAGAGUACAAACAGCAGCCAUGAGCGGCUCAGUGCAUGCCAGUGGCACAGAUUUCAAGGCAAAGACAUCAUCCCCUCCUCAUGUGUUCAGUGUUGCUGAGCACGGUGCUCUGAGUAGGAGAAAGGAGCCAUGGCCGAGCAUUGAGGAGAGAGUAGAACAGGGGCAGGGAAGAACAGAAGACCUUGAUGUGGCUCCAACAAAAAGUCCUCCUUCCUCGCCUUCUCCAUCUCACCAUAGAUUGGAUGCAGGAACCAAAGGAGACGAAGACUUGCCUGCAGUUGCAGGAUUCUCUCUUUCACCAUUUCAGCUCCCUGAGUCAUCAGGUGCAGGGAAAAUCAGAUAUGCAGAUUCCAGUCAAGGUAUUAGCUCAUGUAAUGGAAUAAUAAAAACUAAUGGACAUAUGCCAUAUAGAGAGACAAAGGUCAGAGUAAAAACAAAGGACAAGAAAGAUAGACUAUACCCCAAAAUAAUAACUUUGGAAGCCCAUACAUCCCCACUUACACAUCUACUCAGUAGAAACAGACUACCUUUGAAUGUCAAAGGGCAAGGGAAGGAAGUGCAGGACAGCAAAGGUGAGCCAGAAAUGGUUCUGAGGGAAACUCAUGCCUCCUUACUUUCUCCAUCUUACCUGAAAUGGGACACUAGCAGGAAUGAAAAGGAACACACAGAAAGAAUAAUACAAUCCUGUUUUUCACCACUGAAGAUUUAUGAUCCAUUCAAUCCAAGCAAAAAAGCAGAUGCUAAGUCAUUUGACGGUUAUUUGUUAAAAGACAAAGAUAGACUCAAAACAGUUAUUGAAGACAAAGUGCUCCCAAGUGAAAAAGCAGAUACUAGGUCAUGUGAUGGUUAUAUGUUAAAAGAGGAAGUUAGACUCAAAACAGAUACUCAAGACAAAGUGCUCCUGAUAUCUAUGCAUCAGAAUGCAAAGGAAUUACCACUUUCACAUAUACGUGAUACCAAAGAAUUGAAGUGGAAAAUUAAAGAGCAAAAGAGAAGGGUACAGAGAGAGGACAGUGAACUAGUCACAAAACUGAAAAACAUUUAUACUCCUUUACUGGCUCUACCAUAUCUUAAAUCUGAUACAACAGAAGGAGAGGGGAACCUGAUAAGAAUUACAAAAUUGCCUCUCCCACAAGCACAGUCCAAGGAAUCAUCAGAAUAUGCUGAGACCAAUGAGGGACAACUUUCAAAAUAUGUAAAAAAAUUAAAAGAACACAUGCUACACAAAGAAGAGAAGGAGAGAGAGAAAUAUGUGGAUAUGAAUAGUAGAGUGGACCACAAUAAUACGGAUUUGGAAGCAAAGAAAUCGCCUAUUUUACUUACAUACAAUCUAAGUGACCUUCAGUGGAAAACUAAAGGGCAAGAAGGGAAGGUUCAGGAAGGUAAACGGGAGCCGGGUGAUGCAACACUGACUGAGACUUGCACUUCUAAAUCUUCUCUUCACCUUGACAAAAACACCAGCAUCAGAGAAGAGGGCAUGCCAAUGCUAUCAAGACCCUCUUUUCCCCCAGUAAACUUCCAGAAAUCAUCAGGUUCUGAGGAAGUGGUACAUGCAGAGCCAAUGGCUAGUGAUACUGUCAUCAGUCCCCCAAAAGAAAAACAACAUUUGCCCCAGAACAGGGAAGAGGAUGGUGUAGAAAGAGGAAACCUCAAGUCCCCCAAACAUCAUGAAAUGGAGAUGCAGGAAAGUAAAGAUGGACCAGGUAUGGUUCUGACCAAAUCUACUUCAUCACCAUCUCUCCCUGCCCUCAAAUUGGAUAAAGUACAAGUCAAUAAUGAAAUGCUAGCACUUAAAAGGUCUGUUUUCCUGAGAAUAUCGUACGCAGGGGAAAUAGUACAUACAGAUUCAAUCAGUGCUGAUACCACAAAAGUUGGUCAAAACCUGAAGAAAUGUUCUACUUCAUCACCAUCUCUCCCUGCCCUCAAAAUAGAUAAAGAAAUACAAGUUGACAGUGAAAUGCUAGCACUUAAAAGGUCUGUUUUGCUCAGAAUAUCAAAUGCAGGGCAAAUAGUACAUACAUAUUCAAUUAGUGGUGAUACCUCGAAAGAUGUUCAAAACGAGGAACGACCUAUGCCUGAGAAAGAAGAGAGGGAAAGAGAAAAAAUGGUAGAUAGGAGAGGUGCGAUGCACACCAAAGAUAUAACUUUGAAGUCCAAGAAGUCACCUUCUUCAUAUAUGCUCCACAGAACAGAAUUACAUCUGAACAUUGGGGGGAUAGAGCAAAAGAAACAGGAAAGUCAAGGUAAACCACCCAGUACGGUGGUAAGAAACAUUUAUGUUUCCAAACCUCCAACUAAGCUGGAAUUGGAUAAAGGUACACAAGUAGAUGAAGGAAGGCUUGGAAUUAAAAAAUCCUCUCUACUUCCAAGAAUGCUUUCAGCAUUAUCAGAUGCAAAGAAGAGACCAGAUACGAAGGGAAUUGGUAGUGAUGUAAUAAAAAGAAAACAACAUAUGUCAGAGAAAGAAAAAAAGUAUGAUGUGAAAAAAGUAGAUAUGAGGCUCAGGACACAUCACAAAGAGGCAACGAUUUCACCAAUACCACAUGUCCUUAGUACAAAGGAAUUUGUGUUGAAUGUUAUUAAAGGGCCAGGGGAAAAAGUGCACAAAGGUAAAGAUGAACCAUGUAUGGUUCUGACAAGAACUUUUCUUUCCAUCCCAUCAGCACCUCUUUAUCUAGAGUCAGGGAGCAAAAUAGACAAAGACGCACCAGGAAUCAUGGGAUCCUCUCGUCCACAGCAGAAUCUCCAGGAAUCAUCAGAUACCCAGAAAACAGCAAUUAGAGAGUCAGCUGCUGGUGAGAGUGAAAUUGUUAAAAAUGCAGAACACUCGGUGCCAGAAGAGGCCAUGCAACAGUGGACCUCAAACUUCAUGAUCAGUGUACAGCAAAGGAAAGAGCCUCCACGAGUCAAAUCUGAAGGAUUUGAUGAUUGGAAGUCACCACCUUUGGCAGGGGGUCCAGAUGCAACAUACAUGAAAAUACAUCCCAAAUUGCAGCCAAAACCUAUUUUAGAAAAUUUUACUUGCAAAGAAAAAAUCAAGCCCACUAAUCAUUUAGAGUCAAAAGCACCUGAAAUAAAACUGAAUUUGAUACCAGAGGUGGUAAAACAAUCCUUCCAAAAGUUCAACUUUUAUCAAAAACUGGCUAUUUCAAAACAUAACAGUUGGAAGCUCUAUCCAAGACAUAAAAAACUGUUCUUUUUGUCUCUGGGAGGGAUUGAUACCAUAGAAUUUAACCUAAAGCACAAAUACCAAAAAGACUCACCUCCUGUCAGCUGUAUGAAGUCACUGAUUGUUAAUGUUUCAAGGGGCAAUGAAAAGAUCAUUACAAAGUUAAAGAGUAUAAAUGAGCUAGAUAGUGGAACAUCUCCUUUGACUUAUGCUAGAGAGAUGACAUUGCCUCAUAUUCUCCAAAACUAUUCAGUAGGAGAAAAAAACAAACUUCUCAUACACUUUUCUAUGAAAACACUGGAGAUUCAAAUGAAAGCCUUUCCCAGAAUUGUAAGAGAAUCUUACAUAAUGGCCAGGGCUCAGGAUGGAAGGAAGCCUUUAUCUAAAUGUAUUCAUUCUGGUGUCAAAGUACCAAAACGAAAAAACAGAGUUUUGUUACUUUUUGAGGAAAAAUCUCUUCAUCAAGUAGAUCUUGAUUUACAAUACAAAUACCUUCGUUUUCUCCUGGGCUCUCCAGUCAAAAGUAUGUUCCCUAAGCCAAAUGCACUUCCCAAACAUAUUCUUAAAUUACAGACAGUUGCAAUACGUAAAAAAGUAGACAAUAGUGGAGAAAGUGGUGGUCUUUCCAUUGGUACAAGACCGUUAGAAGAACAUAUCUCUUUCAAAAAGCAAAGUUUCCAUGAAAACUCAUCAUUAGUCAGAAAUUUCUUGGAGCCCACUCAGGUUUGUGCCUCUGACCCUGAUCAACACAACACAGUGCAGAAAGAUACCAUGGCUCUUUCAAAGUUAAAAUCUCAUGUGACUCCAGAAAAAGAUAAACGAUGUCAUGUAUGGUUUCAAGAAACAAAUACAUGUGAAUCUGUUGAUUUAAAGACUCAGGAAAAGACUCAGGAUUUAGUUGAUUCCCAUUCAAUUCAGAAUUUUGAAGAUUUUAUUGAUAGUCAGACAAAUAUUGAGAGUUCAGAUAACUUGGAGGAAUGCUCAGCUCUUGAUGUACACGAGAGUGAAGAAUGUAUAUUUUCAGAUGCCAACCCUUAUUUAAGUUGGAAGUCACAGAAUAUUCUGUUUGAAUUACAGAAGGACAUGCCUGUGGAAAAUCUCUACAAGAAGAAAAAAAUCAAAACUGAUUUGAAACCACUUUACAGUGAAGAUUCAGGUUCCCAUCAUAUUAGAGGCUGUCAAAAACAUUCCUCAUUUGUGACACCAACUUCUUACAAAUCCCACAAAAGCAGGAAACAUAGGUCAUCCUCCGAAAUGACACCACCUUCUUAUGAAUCUCACAAAAGGAGGAAACAUAGGUCAUCUUCCAAAAUGCGACCUCCUGACUUGUGGUGUCACAGUUCCUUAAAUACUGUAGAGGUUUUGUCUGUAUCAUCUUCCAUUCCGUUCAGCGAAGAGAAGCUUUCGCAGACUGCAAGGAGUGGAAAAUGUUAUUCUUUAGUCCCCUUAACGGAAUCAGAUAUUGAAUUACAUCUUGCAAAAAGCCAAGGCAAACCUCACAAGCAUUUGGAAAGCAAAGAACGAAAGAAGGCCAAAUUGUAUUUAUCUAGAAAGAACAACACUCCUUGGGAAUGUGAUGACAGUUAUACACAGCGUAAAGAGAAACGCACAAGAAAGGAGAAAGUACGGGAUUAUGAGUCAGAAAGGUCAGAUUAUUUCCCAAGCAAACAUAAGUCAGCAUCAAAACCUCAAGAGGAUAUCAGCUUCCAUUCUGAAAGAGAACAAAACCAGCCAUUUUUUUAUGCCUGUAUACCAUCAGACUCGCCGGAGAUUAUACCCCAAACCGUUCGCUGGACUAUUUCCCGCAACAUUUUAAGGAAGAAGAACUUCAGAAGUCCCCUGGUGGCCAAGAUUUCAAGUUCUUGCAACAUAUGGAGUUCAUCCAAAAAGCUGCUGGGGUCGCUGUUAGGGUCCUUCAGCCUCGUUCGUCAAAAAUGAUGUUACCAUAUCAAGAUUCAUCUCGAGGGGAAAGCUGGUUGCUCUUGUGAUAUUCUUUGAAAAAUAAAAUCAUAUAAAGUCAAAUGGUUUCCUCAUGAAGUGUUUUCUAAACUGACACCUUUUAUUUCUACAGUAGAUUUGCACAGUUCUGGGAGGGAUGGAUGGGAAAACAGAUGAUUUCCGGUUUGGUCCAGCCAUGUGUGAGAUCUCCCCUCAGUUUGUGCUACCUCCUUAUAAUCCCCAAAGGAGAAGCCCACAGAUGCCGAAGCCCCCUUCCCACCCUCCCCACG